UUUUGGUAAGGAGCUUCCCUGGCCUCAUGGUUUGAGGUGUUGUGAAGAGGGUGCAACGGAAUCCGCGAAAGUAAUAAGGGUUUGUGAUUUCUGAAGAAUGUUCCGAGCUUCGAAUCGAGUCCUCCUUCGCAAGCUUUGUGAAAAUAGUAUUUUUCACAAGAGAUGGAUAGCUGUCUGGGCCCCAUGCAAUCAACCUCAAAAAGUUGUGCCUGGCUACUCAUCAUUGUGGUUCAAGGGUAGCUAUGCAAAUCAGUUUCCUCCGCUUGUUAACUCUUUGCCUGGAAUAAGACUUCCUCCCUGUCUUCCACACUAUUUGGAGAGAUUCCCUACUAGGAUCACGAAACUUUCAAAUGGUCUGAAGAUUGCAUCUGAGGAUUCUCCGGGUCCUGCUGCUUGUGUGGGACUAUUUGUUGACUCUGGGUCCAUAUAUGAGGGCGAGAAAUCUCAAGGUGUUACUCAUCUACUGGAAAGAAUGUCUUUCAAAAGCACAAAAAAUCGCAAUCAUUGUCGCAUUAUGCAUGACAUUGAGGCAACUGGAGCGAAUGUUGGUGCAUCUGCCUCUAGGGAGCAGAUGGCUUACUCUUAUGACACAAUAAAGACCUUCCUGCCAGAGGCAGUUGAAUUACUAGUCGACUGCAUUAGAAACCCUCUGUUUCUCGACAGUGAACUCAAAGAGCAGGUGGCUAAAGGCAAAGCAGAAAUUGAAGCAAUGUCAAGCAACCCUCAACAAUUUCUCUUGGAAUCUCUUCAUCUGACUGGUUACUCAGGUGCAUUGGCAAAUCCAUUGAUGUCUCCUGAGUUAGUGUUCAAGGAAACAGACAGAUCUGCUAUUCAAAAGUUCUACUAUGAGAAUUACACUGCUGAGCGCAUGGUUUUGGCAGCAUAUGGGGUGGAUCAUGAACAACUUUUGGCUAUUGCAGAACCUCUGUUAAAUGACUUAAGGAGUGGUUAUCCAAAAGUAGUUCCAAAAACAGAUUAUGUUGGUGGGGACUUCAGGCAUAGAGUAAACUCUGAGAAAACGCAUGUGUCUUUGGCUUUUGAAGUUCCAGGAGGUUGGCAUCAGGAUAAAGAUGCAACAGCUUUAACUGUGUUGCAGGCUCUUAUGGGUGGUGGUGGUUCAUUCUCUAGUGGUGGCCCGGGGAAAGGGAUGCAUUCUCGACUCUAUCUCCGCGUCUUAAAUAAAUACCCAGAAGUUGAGACCUUCUCAGCUUUUAGUAGUGUGUAUAAUGACAGCGGCCUUUUUGGCAUCCAUUUAACUACAGAAUCAGAUUUUGUGGAGAAAGCAGUGGAAGUUGCCAUAGAUGAACUUAUAGCAGUUGCUACUCCUGGGCAAGUUACUGAAUUGGAACUUCAAAGAGCCAAAAAUUCCAUCAAAUCAGCUAUUUUGAUUAAUUUGGAAUCAAGAACAAUUGUUACUGAGGAUAUCGGAAGGCAAAUACUGACCUAUGGCUGCCGGAAACCAGUGGAGCAUUUUUUGAUAGCUGUGGAUGAACUCACUCUCAGUGAUCUUGGUAGAUUAGUGCAUAAAAUUCUGUCUUCACCGCUAACAAUGGGCUCAUGGGGAGAUGUUGAUCGUGUCCCCAGCUAUGCUUCUGUCAGCAAGCAUUUUCAUGCUGCAAACUAGAUCUUUAUAGAUCCUGUUGCUCCUACACAACAUCUUAGAGGGGAGCAUCUCUUUUUUCUUUUCCUGAUGAACAGGAUAAGGGAAAGUAAUUACAUCACCAAUGGAUUUGAUGUCCAAAAAUUAGUUCUCCUGUGCAUGGCCAGGUGAACAAUAGAUGGGGUCUUGCUGAGAUCCGGAGCGGCUCAAGGGAUUUGCAUAAAUUGGUUGUAAAUGCCAACACCAGAUCGUGGCCCUGGAGCUCUGUUCCCUUGUUUCCUAAAGUUUAUGACUCCCUCUUUUGACUUAUUUCUUGAUGUCUAUGAUUCCCCUUUAUCUCAACAAAAGGGAGGCAUCUCUUGUACAAUUAAAAAGUUGUAUCAAGUGUUAUUACAAUUGAUCCACAACAUAAUAAUGUCAUGUAUAUUUCCCCCA